CAGCGAAGCCUGCGAGCAUACCCCUCUUGAGAUAUUGAUCCUCCUAGCCCUUGGAUUCUAGCUCCAAGUCCCCAUUUCGGACGCACAGGCCUUUGACUGAGUGGGUGGCUGGCUACGUACCCCGUAAGUAGUUCAUGUAAAUUUCCCAAUACUGGCAAUAGCUAUGCAUUCCGGGCCAGCGCAAUCUGUACACGCGUGUAACGGAUGGGGGCUGACCAUCCAUUAAUGGCAUAAUGCUACAGUACUGGUGCGUGCAUAGCAGUUAAAUUGCCAUUGAGCCGCGGAACAAGCUGGGGGCAUCGCACGUCCCCUGAUCCUGCUUCUGGUGCGCCCACGGAUUUGACCGUCGAUGUGCCCACUGCAUCGCAACAACUAUACUCUACAAAGUAAGUUGGUGCCUAGCGAAUGACACGCUGAAGUCUGGAACAUCACCGUAGCAUAACUACAUUGUACCUCUGGGUAGCCAGGAUUUCCGUGACUGGCGAACCCACCCUGAAUAGUAGUGAACUGCCGCAGCUUCACUGCUUGGAAUUGGAUCUUGAUGGCCACGUUCUAAGUGACUGUCUUUCUACUGAAAGUGUCAGAAGGAAAUAAAGAAAAAAAGUUGCUUCAUUACCGAGCUGUGCGCAGUUAGUGCUGGCUCAGGGUGCACGCCAGCGGAAUAUAACCGUCUGCUCUGCUUGUCGCCAGGGCAUAUCUGCGGUUCUGCGCAUCCCGACGGACAGGCGGCCUCCUCCGCAUGUCCCCCAUGCUAGCCUGCAGUAUGGACAGACGCAUUUGCGGAUCAUGCGAGUCCGCGUGGUUUCUGCUAGUAAUCCUUGUCUAUGCGGCAACUGUGGGAAAUAUCGUCUCCGGUCAACGUCAGCUAGUGGGUAAUGGCCUCCGACUCAUCCCACUGAGGUUUGAAGACCAAUGGAGUCUUCGUCUCAGUGAUAUUAACGUAGCAUACAGUACAUUGAUUGCUUAUAGUGAAGGUCGCAACGGCACACAGGAUCAUGGUGAUUAUCUCCUGCUUGCGCUAACCCGUGUCAGAGGUAGCCAACUGGAGUUCAGAGUCGAGCUGCACCGCAUACACGGUCAGGAAACGGGUGUCGGAACUCUGAAGGUCGAUGAGACGACACUGAACGAGGUCACGGUGUCGCUACGUCGUCUCACGCACAGAACCAACACCACGAAUCAUACGUCACUGGAAGUUUUGUGGAACUCCACCGUGGUGCUACACAUGGACACGCCAAGCACGGACGACGAUCUUCUGAUGGCACCGACUGGCUCAAUCUUCCUAGGGGCGCUGCCUCCGCCACCGCUAGUAACAGCCGCCAAGUCGCGCGUGUCCGAGUUAGACCCUCUCAUCGGCUGCCUGCUGAAUGCUCGUCGUGACGGAUCGGAGAAUGUCGUUCACGGCGGAGCAGGCAAGUGUCCGCAGUGCCAGCCGUCGACAUGCAGCAACAACGGAGGCAUGUGCAGCGUCAUGGGAAGCGGGAAGGCAGGAUGCGACUGUCGAGGAACUGGAUUUUACGGAGAACGGUGUUUAUCAGAGCACAAAGUGAUUUCUUUCACUGGGGAUCGCUGUUCGACCAUACGUCUCCCGGGCACACAGCAAGUGUCACGUUACAUUGGCCUGAGGCUGCGGAUCAACGAGCGAUCGCAGGGCGUUAUUCUGGACUCCCAACACGCCAAGGUCAGUGUUGUCAGCAAGUCCAUUCGUGUUGAAAUCAAAGAGCGUGGCGCUCGCAUGACCGAGCAGCUGAACAUAAACACAUGGCACCAUGUAUUUAUUCGCCUUGGCCUCACCGAGACCAGGAUCACCAUUGACGGCAGGGAGCAGGAGCUGUUGACGUACGGUCACCAUCGUCUCCAUGACAAUCACCACGCUCUCACGGUCGGCUGUCAACGUGGAGAUCGCGAAGACAAAUUGGUGCACACCUGUUUGCAGGAGCUGACCUUCUCGCGCGACACUCACGACACGUCCUGGACCACUCGCCUAUGGCAGCACUCGUGGACAGACAGGAAAUGGCCGCGCACGACCAUCAAUCACCAUGGUGAUCACGGAGGGCAGAAUUAUCCCCUGUGCUAUCAGACAGAGCGGGAGUUUAACCAUCAGGUGCAGUUCGUGACACGUCAGUCGAGUCUCAACGUAACAACGUUUCGAGGAUUGAACCUGUUCUUCAGCUUUCGUACAAGCAAGAGCGCAGGCAUAAUGGCACGCGCUACUGGAACGCGGAUGCACAUGUUUAUCGAAGUGGAGUGCGGAAGAACGACACUGACCAUAUCUGGACUCGGUGUUCACAUGCAGUCGUCGGUCAUAGUCAACGAUGGAGAGGUUCACACUGUGCGAGUCGAACGAGAAGGAUGUCGCCUCGCCAUGACCGUUGACUCGGAGAAAGUGCGCUCACAUGUCGACGGUGCCUGUUUCAAUAAUCUUGAGUUGGGCUCUCGUCUGUAUCUUGGCGGCACACAGGAAAGCCGUGCGAGUGGGGUUAUCCGGGACUUGGUAAAAGACGGAUUUGCUGGUUGUAUGAACAACGUAUUCGUCGACGAUGAAGACCGUAGUGUGAACAUUCUUGUUGAUGAUUCGACCGAGGGGGUGGAGAAAGGAUGCUACAGAAGCGACAACGCCCGCGGCAGCAGACCCUGCGACGUGUGCCAGAACAACGGACGCUGCACGGACGAGGUGACGGGACUGGUGUGCGACUGCUCACACACGGACAAGACUGGUCCGACUUGCAGCGAGGAUCCGUUGGUUGUGACAUUUGGCGACACAAACCCGCUGUCAGUGAGCUUUGGACAAGAACAUCAGGAUUGCCUGAACUGGACGGCAUCGUUGCAACUUCGACCAACCUAUGACGCUCUACAGGGAAGCAGAGGAGGUGUGUUGGUGAUGUACGACGAAUAUGACCGCAUCCUCUUGACUCUGUACCUCAACGAUUCCUUCAUCAUCGUUGCCAUCCGUGAACUUCAGAUUGAUGAUCUGGAAUUGUCGUUGGAAGACGGAGAAUGGUCGCAAAUCGACAUAGCGGUCACGCAACACCCAGCUGGGAACAACAACCUGACAGUGUCGGUCAGCGGCGUCACCCGCACAAGGCCACUACCUUCCGGAAUAGACCCGUUCAACCCAGGGUAUAGAGUGGUUCUUGCAACGUCCAUUCUAGGUGAAAACAUCGGCAAGUUCGAGGGCUGCAUGAGAAACGUUUACAUUGGUACCGACGACCUGCUCCAGCAGAUUUAUGAUAGCAUAGACGCAAAGUCCCGGGAUCUUGUCGUCCUUCAUGAGCCGUUGUUCUCUCGGUCCUGUGAGGAAAAGCUUUACACCUGUCCGGAUGCUGAAGUCUUGCUGGCGGAGAGCGGUUCUCAUUUCUCGUUUGAUCUUUGGUCAACCCGUGACAACAAUGACAUCCGCUUUGAGUUUGUCACCGAUAUUGCCGACGGUAUGAUCUUGGCAAGUUCAGGUGAUCAUGAUUAUUUAUAUCUGAUGUUGAGCAGUGGUCGUCUUUGCCUCUAUAUACGGGUAGGAGAUUACGAGCAACAUACCUGUGUGGGCAGUGGACUCAACGAUGUUCAAGAGCACAAUGUCACGCUGCAAAUGGAUUACCGUGGCAUUAGCUUCCUACUGGGUGGCCACAUGAGUGAUCGACUACAACCCUCCACAAGGUUCAAUGUAGACCGUCGCUUGCUCGUUGGUUCGGCCUAUAGCACCUGCGACAGCAACCGGUCUUUCCUGGCCAUACGCAACCACACCGCGGUGCCCGAUGUUGUCGGCUUUGCAGGCUGCCUGCGCAAUCUCCGAGUCAACCGCCUCUGUCUAAAUGAUCAACAGCAAUUCAUGUGCAAAUCAUACAAUGCACCGCGAGUCCCAGACAUGUACAAAGGACUUGAUGGAUUGCAGCGUGGAACCGUCUACUCAUCGUGCAAGCAAAACUUCUGCGACCUGAAGAAGGUCUGCAAGCACGGCGGUGUCUGCUGGCGACGUGUUACCGUUCUGUCGUGCAAUUGCCGUGGCACUGGACACAUCGGACCAGCAUGUGCUGAUCCUGCUCCGGCCAUCACAUUUCCCUGCAAUCACUACGCCGUCAUGUCGCUGUCGACGGAUCAACGCCGACCGAAACUGAGCGAGAGUCCAGACGAGUCUGCUUUCGUGCUGAGCUAUCGUGCUCACGAACCGGAAAACAUCACUCAAAUCGCCGCUCUGCACAGCUCCAGUGCAGGAUAUCUGCUGCAACUUCUUCAAGACGGACCGCGUAUCAUACUACAGACGAGAUUCGGUGGCCCGGUGUUAACACUGAGAUCGGAGGAGAUUGCGACUUUGCUGGAGUUCCGCUAUCACAUCAUCCAGGUCUAUUUUAAGCGGGAUGAGUUCUAUUUGUAUGUUCAGAUGCGCGUCUAUUUGGAGGACUUGGCUGGCGACAUAAUCUAUAGUGGCAUACUGCAGCAUUUAGAUGCUCCUGAUGUCGAGGUGGACAAGAUUGAGAUCGCGCAGUUCCAGCGGCCGGCGGCAGACGGCUUCCUGGCCGGCAAGCCUCUCUGCGGCCACUUCCGAGAGGCGGUGUUCAAUGACGCGUCCAUCAUCCAGGAAGUGCUGCUGUUCUCUCCCAACGUCAGCACCACCGCCGUGAUGGACGAGGCGCGCUUCGACAACUACACCGUUCACGUGGCAACGAGCGCAGCGCACAAGAACGUCGCCGUCCGCGAGAGCGUCACCGAACUGCGGCUGGACUUCCGCGCGCACGGCCGACAAGACGCCAUCUUGCUGACGAUGUACAACGGCCAGCGGCUGCAGGGUAACAAUCUGCUGGUGCUGCUGCACCAGGGUGGACUGCUUCUCUAUCGCGAAAUGCCUGCGUCGACCAAACACGCGCUGUUCAUGCUGCCGUAUCGUCUUGACAACGGCCACAGCCACUCACUGAACGUCUCCAUCCGUGCACCGAUCAUACAAGUUACCAUUGACAGCGAUCUGAGGCAGGGUUUCUUCAAUGUCAGCUUCCCCGAGGUACCGGACAGAUUUUCCUUCUUCGACAUCGGCGGUGGAUUUCGGCUGAAGACUCCGGACGCGAUACUGGCCUCGACCGCUGAUGAUAUCAAGACAGAUGUCGGUUUUGUCGGGUGCAUCGAGCGGCUGCAGCUUGACGGCCAGUUCAUAGACUUGCCGAAGGCGGAAAGCCGAGGCACGGUCACAGCCAGUGACAUCACCGAAGGCUGCCCCAGGUGCCUGGUGCAGCGUGUGUGCGGGGCCGGUUUCUGCCAGGAGCCCGGGGACGGCUCGGUGACGUGCAACUGCUCACGGACCAGUCUCUCCGGCGAUCGGUGCGACGUGUUGCCAACAACAACAGUCGCCACGACAACGGUUGCCACGACAACAGCGCAGCCCAUUACCUCGGCGCUCAAGCAUACCGCGCCAACGACGCUCGUCGUCGAGCAGAAGGUCACGACGGAGGAAGUGAAGCCGACGGCAGUGGACAAGGUAGUAACGGCACCGGGGGAGGGUGGCAAGGGACGAGGCGGCAAUGACGAAGGUGGCUCCACCACCUGGCUACCGAUUCUGAUCAUAAUCCUGCUUAUCAUCCUGGCCCUGCUCCUGUGCAUCAUAGUCUAUCUGGUCAUGCGCUACCGGCGCCGCUACACCGGCAUGUUCAAGAUCGAUGAGAGCGAGGUGAGCCCCAGCAAAGGAAAACCGACGAUGAUCUAAACAAGAAGACUUGUACUGACACACGCACACCACACGGUAGCAAUACGCUGCGCAUGUUUCCACCCACGAGCAAUUUGCAAAAUAAUAAUAUAUCGGCAGCCACCGGCACUACUCUAUGCUAGUAAGUGUGAAGGGGACGACGGCCAGAAUGGAAGACUUCGGGCGACAUCGCCCGAACCUGCCUUUUGCGGAGUUUACUAAGUGCCACAUGUACAUAUUUGGAAGCAUUGAACUAAAGCGUACUAUCCUGUUACUUAUGUCUUAUAAUGCAUGGGGCGCGGGUCGCGCUAGCCGGCUUAACACUUUGCUUCCUCGGCUGUACAUACGCUUUGACAACAUGGACCAUGGACAGUGCUUUUAUAAUUAUGAUAAAAUUAUAUGAUUGCGUUGUGUAACCGGUUAGCUUGCGCUCCUCCCCGCCCAACUCUAGAAUUUGAACUGGCUUAGUCAACUUCGCUCACUCCGUUAAUCCUUGAUUUUGACUUCGUUGUACUCUCUUUUCAAUUCCUUUUCCCCACUCGGCAAAGUGUUGUAGCUAAGUGUACAUCUUGUAUGAUCAGGUACAUGUAUAAAGCAACACACUUGAGUACAGUCUA